AUGGGAGAGACGAUCCACGUGUCUAUUGAGAUUCAUGUGGUUUGUUCCAAUCCGAACCCUUACCAGGUGGAGAUCCUUAGCGAUACCCCCGGCCACGUCUAUGUGGGGAGCGACCGAGGUACCGAUGUAGGCGUGCUCACGCUGGCAGAAGGAUCCACGCUUCCUGCGGGUGGUCAGGGGGUCAUCCGGGUGCUGAUGGACAGUAAGAUCGCUCGAACCUCUUCAGGCUCGUUGGUGGAGAAGUUUCUGGGGGACGGUGAGAUCCCCAUCUACAUGGACUUAAAGUUCGAUGUGGGCGUGAACAUCAUCAUCGGCUUAUUGCAUUUUCCACCGAUGACCGCGCCCUUCGACAAGAAAUGCGGAAUGCAUAUCGGCGGCAUGUUCCAGCGCGCGGCGAACAAGCUUGGCCCAUUGAUUUGUAGAGACAGCUAUGAUGCACUGACUCUGGCACACUUAGGUGAAGAGACAGGUGGCAUGACCUUUUCUGCUGCUCAGAUGGAUCCAGAUCGAAUCCGCAUGGGUGAAACCAUGAAAAACGUGUGCAUUCUGGGCGCUGGAGGUUUGUCUUUCUUCUUCGGCUUCUUCCUCACGUACGCCUUCUGGCUGGACCCUCUCCGCUACUGCGAGGUCACUCUGCGGCGCUCGACCACUCGAAGCCUCUCAGGAGGCCUCAGCCUGAGGGCAACGCUGUCGGAGCGAAGCGCGCGAGGCAUGGAGAAGAAGAAAAGUCCCAUCUUCUCGCGGACCAGGGGGCAAAUCUUCUCGCUGCUCUCGUGUGGCAUUUUUAGUGGAUGGAAUGCUGGUGGACAUGGGUCCACCCAGCCCCAUCUGGCACAGCGAAGUGACUCACAAGCCAGCGGCGAAUUGAGAGGUUUACAGCCUAGCUGUGUGCGUGGCAACCGCUGA